AUGGAGCCAAGCGAUUCUUCUCGUGUGGACUCUGAGUUUCGAUACACCCUCUUCCCGAUUGUUUACAGCAUCAUCUUUGUGCUGGGGGUGAUUGCCAACAGCUAUGUGCUGUGGGUCUUUGCCUGCCUGUACCCUUCUAAGAAACUCAACGAGAUAAAGAUCUUCAUGGUGAACCUCACCAUGGCUGACCUGCUUUUCUUGGUCACUCUGCCCCUGUGGAUCAUCUACUACUACAACCAGGGCAACUGGAUUCUCCCCAGAUUCCUGUGCAACCUGGCCGGCUGCUUCUUCUUCAUCAACACCUACUGCUCCGUGGCCUUCCUGGCUGUCAUCACGUACAACCGUUUCCAGGCGGUGACACGGCCCAUCAAGACCGCCCAGGCCACCACCCGCAAGCGUGGCUUCUCCGUGUCCCUGGUUAUCUGGGUGGCCAUAGUGGCCGCCGCCUCCUACUUCUUCGUCCUAGAUUCCACCAACGUGGUGCCGAACCAGACCGGCUCGGGCAACAUCACGCGCUGCUUUGAGCAUUAUGAGAAGGGCAGCGUGCCUGUCCUCGUCGUUCACAUCUUCCUCGUGAUCAGCUUCUUCCUCGUCUUCCUCCUCAUCCUCUUCUGCAACCUGGUCAUCAUCCGCAGGCUGCUCACGCAGCCGGUGCAGCCGCAGAGUAACGCAGAAGUCAAGCGCCGGGCUCUGUGGAUGGUCUGCACGGUCUUGGCCGUGUUCAUCAUCUGCUUCGUGCCCCACCACAUCGUGCAGCUGCCCUGGACCCUGGCUGAGCUGGACAUCCGGAGGGGCGACUUCCACCAGUCUGUUAACGAUGCCCAUCAGGUCACCCUCUGCCUUCUUAGCACCAACUGCGUCUUAGACCCCAUCAUCUACUGUUUCCUCACCAAGAAGUUUCGCAAGCACCUCACUGAGAAGUUCUACAACAUGCGCAGCACCCGGAAGUGCUCCCGGGCUACCUCGGAGACCGGCACCGAAGUGGUCAUGCCGCUCAGCCAGAACCCUGCCAAUUGUCUCAAAAAUUAG